GUCAGCAAAAUGGGAGGAAAUGAAAGGACGAAUUCCGAAUAUGACAAACAAUUUUCUGAUGAGGAAUAUAUCGCUGAGGCGCCAUCACUCAAGGAAAAGCUCAUUGCUUUGUACGAAAAAGGUGACGCUUCCCAUGUGCUUCGCCUUAUGGCGGCUUCUACAUAUACGCCCGAGGACAGAAUGAUGACCUCCUGGGAUCCCUUGCUGCUGUGGGUGAGGCCGAGGCGCUGCUGCAUCGAGGCGAUCGCGGACCACGUGAGGGAGGGCCGCUGCCGUGGCCUGGUUUCCGUCGGCUGCGGGACCGGCCUGCUGGAGUGGCUAGUUUGCGCUCUCACAGGUAUAUCAGUCUCAGGCUAUGAAAUCAACGCCGACUGGUGGGCGUCGCCGUACUCGCCGCCAAGAUUCAUCCCCCUCGUCUUCGUCGAACCAGACGCUCCCCCGCCCGCCGUCCCUCCGUCGCACGCCCUCAUGUGCUGCUACUUCAACAAUGGGGACGCCUUUAGGAAAUACGUUGACUCCUAUGACGGUCCUGUAAUGAUCAUCAUUGGAUCCAUUGAUAAGAACAGGCACACGGACCCUCGUCCACUUGAUUAUGCCCACGUUCACCCAUGGAGCCUGACGCACACCCACCCAAUCACUGACACCGACCUGAUUGGCUUCUACGUUCGAGACCAACUCAAACAAGAGGCCGUAAUGAGACUGCAGAUGUAACCGUACAAGCUAUUCGGGUUUUUGAAAGAGAUACCGUACUGAGAUGAUUUGUAACAAUUCCACUCCAUCAAAUAUAUUGCAAUGGGUAUUCUGUAUGUGCAAAUGGUCUUGAAACAUAAAGUACAGUGUGCAUUUUCAAUUUCACGUUUGCUUUGCGUCCAUAAAACAAGCCGUUAUUGUGCAAUAAUAUUAUCAAAUAAUGGUCACAUCCAUGAAGAACAUUUUGUACUGGGCUGCUUUCCAGACCCACCGGUAUUCUGAAUCUGGCUGUCAAUAAUCUGAUUUUCAAUGGUCUAUUUAACCUGAAAAUCUGUUUAUGGAAGCAAGUGCAUCUGCAUAUUUUCACAUACAUUAAUAAUGUAUCUCGGUGUAAGGUUAACACGGACAUAAUUCAAAUUAACAACAUUUAUUGUAUAACAUAAUUGUACUUGUAAAUAGGUUUGUAGUACUAUUCUGGUGAACAAAGCUGGAAAAAAAUAAUUAAAUGAGCAAAUAAAUUAUAAAAUAUAAAAAUUGCCCGAACCAUCUAACACACUCUAUGGUAUUUGUCUGCAGCUGUAUGAUACGUAAAGGUAAAGUAAUAGUAAAGGAGUGUCAUUUUGAGUAGGGGAGGAGAUGCUACCCCCAUCAAGCUUUCCAAUGAUUGUUAUUGUCCUUUGAGUACGGGAUACCGAUGUUGGGAUAUUUUACUUGUGUUAAAAAGUGUCGUCUUAUGUAGUUUGGUGUUUCUCUACGAUGCUUGAGGGUAUUAUAAAUACUGAUAAAAGCUAAAGUAGGUUCAUUGGAAAUCAGCUCUGACAAAAACAAAAUGGAACUCUUCAGUGUCGCUACCAGACGUGUGACUACAGAAACAAAAUAAAAUAUUGUACUCUAUAAAUCGUAUAGAGAAUCUCACUCUUUCACAUAGGUGAUACGCUACACAGCAAUAUACACUAAACAUAAUAUUCUAUAUUUCACAUGGCGUAACAAAUUACACAAAAGGCAGUGUGGAUAAUACAGUCACAUAAUUAUCACAAUAUACAUAAGAUAAUACUGGCAUCACAUCUCGUAUGUAAUCGCAUCACAACAUGACACUCACAACUCACUUCAUUGUCACAAUCCACAAAAAGUAGCUAAAAAAAAUUUGCAAGAUGUUGUAUGAUUGCUUUACUUACUGAAAUAAUAAGGGGACGGCACUUUGCUUGGAAAUUACUGCUUACCAGUUAAUUACCAAUAAUUGACAUAAAAUACCCCUGGCUGAACAAUGCCAUAUCGAUAGGACGGAUUAAACUGGUAUAUUUUUAAUACAGCACCGUCUUAGUCUAAGUGUUGAUUUUAAAUGAUGGAACACUGCUUGUACAGUGACAGAUGCAAUGAACCAGGACCCAUUGUGAUUGAUCAAGGGUCUGAGGUGAGAUUCCUCGCAGAUUCGGCUUGCUUUGCUAUACUUUGUCUGUGAAAUCCCCCUUGUUUGAGGGUGGGCGGCGAACGGCCUGAAGGAACUAUUCAGAGAGAAAGAAACUCACCGAGAAUUGCAACAAUUAAUCAAUUAACAAAAAAACACCAACAAUGCAUCAUUUGGAAGUUAAUAGCAGAAGAAAUUCUAGAGAAUAUGUUUAUAAACACCAUACAAAGGGAAAUAUGUAAAUACUACAAGGGAAGAAGCAAGGGGAGCAAUAUAUAAUUCCAUAGGAGUAUAUCAUCCAAUUUGAACAUAAUUUGACAAUGAUACUACACAUAUGAAAAGGUGGGGCAGUGCGACUGUCCACGCGAGCAGCAGUGCUUAUAGGCUUCAUAGGUAAGCUGUGAACAAAAUGUAAUGGAUCCAACAUUACUUAUUCCAAAAUGUAUUAUAUCUCAUUUGGGAAUCCAAAUCAAAUAUGAAGUAUACAGGUAUUGAGCACAAAGUGAUACACAUAUCGGUAUAUCUUACAAAUACAUUUAUAAUAAAUAUGUUAUACAACCGACGUGCAAAAGUAUUCUUACAAAAGAGGGUGUAUACAAUAUACUAAUAUACUGGGUAUAGGACACGUGGCAGUUCGUCAGCCAUGUGGUGGGCGCCAUGCUGCCCAGCAAAGCGUCCCCACGCCACCACGAAGCGUCCCC